GAGCAGUUUCGGGUGUAUCAUGUUUUAGCGGAUAACUCUAUGUUCCUAUGAAUACUUAUGUUCCUGUUACAGUUUACAGUUUUCUAGUUCUAAUUACGCAUGUGCGCAUGCUUACUUGUGCUUCCUUAUUCCUGUGUCAAAGAACAAGAUGCACACCUCAUCGUAUAAUCAAAUCUCUCAGCUUUAUUUUCACAAGUCUUCAAAAUUUCGGCAAUAUGUGGAGGGCGUAUGAACACUUUAAUACUGUUGAACGAUAUGUACACAACGAAUGGCCAUGUCAUCACGGACAAGGUAGACAUUCACAGAAAGUCUGCGCACGCAGUCCAAACAGCCAUCACAUCAACAUAAAUUGACAUUGUUCACCUUCCUCAUUGUCACCUCCACCUCGGAUUCGCUCCACUUAUUCUCUCUUGUCGUCAUGGACUUGACAGGCUUUCCUCACUCAGAACACACCUGGACACUCCCUGGGAAAAAUGAUGAUAGAAACAGAAAGUCUUGCCGACUGAUUCACUUCACCUGUCGAUGUGCAUGUGUCGUCAGUCUGGGUGUUCACACGUCUGUUAUGUAAGAACCCGCUGUCGUGUUCAAAACAUGUUCCAUGGCACAGGCGGCAAGAGACGGAGCUGGCCAAUCAGCGAGCGAUACAGUCUCGACAUGGAUGAGAAAGCAGGUUCACCUUCGGUGAGCGUGACAUUGCGACAGAGGUCUCCGGCGUCUGUGCUCAAAAUUUAGAAGUAAAGAAAUUAUUUUACCAUCUGACGAGAGUGGAAUUUCUUCUACACCUUCCAGAAACGUGUUCGUAAAGAUCCUCGCCCAUGGCAUACAGAGCGCUUCCGACAGUCUUGCUGGUCCUGUGCGCAGCAACCCUGCUGACGAUGCUGUAUGUCAGCCAGUCACGUGACGCUGUCAUCCUAGUUCAGCCCGGUCCAGUCGAUGUCCAGGAUGAACUACGCAGCACUAAUCAGUGUCUGACAUUGGUUACUCACUCCUGGAAGGAUAGUGUACCAUACGGGCUGCCAGGGCUGCUGAUAAACCCUUCAAACGGCUCUGACGUGUUGAGAGGGAGCACCACAGACAUCGUCAACAGGAUCUACAACAACAUGUGUCCUGGUCACCAGACCCUGCCUAACGUUCAAUUCACUUUCCCAGACAUACUGCUGAUUGUCGACUUUAACCAUCCUGCACACUACAAUAUCAUUUCCUACCUUGAACUUCUGUACAGGAGAUAUUUUCCGAAUAUUCUCUAUUGCGGUCUCGAACCUGAAACUCUAAAGAAACAGAUUGUGGCUGAGAAACUGGGGUUCCCUAUCUACUAUUUGCACGCUCUGAAAGACAACUGGCAAACAAAGUACGAGUGUAUUCAGCAUGCCAUGAAAAUGUGCGACAGCUUCACCGGCUACCUGCUGAUCGGCGACGACACUCUUAUCAACAUGACCAACUUUGAAAGAACUCCGAAAACUAAAGCUAUGGUGGGUGAUGAGUUUGUCAGAACCAGAGAACAAAUGAACACCACUCAGUUCAAGUAUUCAUGGGAGUGGUGGGGUGCGGAAGGCGGGAGAAGUGCCAUGCUGGGUGUACUUAACGAGCUCGCAUUUAAAGUGAACCGCAACAAUGACCACCUUGCACAAGAAUUCCUUAGAAAUUAUUAUUCCUUUGUCAACCACAGCACCAUCUUUCACUUUAUGGCGAUCGACUUCCUGUACGUCCCCAAACGGCUGUCGUCCAUUUUCCUCUACAUGACGUCAUUGUUUUUGAAAUACAAGACCAACGUGGAAGUGGCGAUUCCGUUUUUUGUGUGUGGCCUGGAACACCCAGAGGACGUGCACUUUGUUAAAAUGAUCAGUCUAUGGGCGAAAGACAGAGAUAAUUCGCAGACACGUUUUGAUAAGGACCUCGUCUACCUGCACCCUUUUAAGUACUAUGCACAUUUCAAGAACGCACCUCAAGGGAAGGACUUUAUGUGUCAAAACUAUUUAAGAAGUAAGUAACUAUCGGCAUGGAUAAACAUUUUUUUUUGUUAACAUCUGUGAAAAAACUAGUACUCAACAUCAAUGACUCUUACCUCCCUUUAUCUUGCAUUUGACAGAGGGACAUCUCUGAUGAGCCGAGCUUUCAUCAUCGAGCAGGAAUGAAUGAUUUGAUACAGUGGAGGGAGGUAGGGGUACUUGUCGAGCCAGAUGGAAGCAAUCAAGAAUGACUACAAUGUUUGGCAUAAACUUUCUGCCCCCCUUUGAAUAAUUAUCUCCCUUUAUUAGCUAUAUAUGUCAGUCUAUAAAGAUCUUUCUACUGGCUUCAGUUAUGGUCAGAUUCUGAUAUGUAGAGAUAAUAUAAAGAUAUUCUGUAAAUUUCAGCGCCUGAAACACACCAGCUUAUUUAUUAUUUAUUUUAAGUGUUAACAGUUUUCAUCUAGAGUCAACAAGUUCUGCAUAGUCUCGCUCCCGAGGGCAAAUGUAGCAUGCGAUGGUAAACUUUAAUGGAAAGGUUAUUUGGUUUAGCAGACGAUCUUUAUUUAAUUUGCUUUAGUAGAGAAGACAAAUGUGAAACACUGUUUGUUUGGUUUUUUUUUACCUUGAAAACAUGUCUGAAGCUGAGGAUUAUGAAGGUUACAAACACCAAACACAAUAUUUUCAGGCAGCAGACGACGAAGAACGACUUCACAAUACCACGUGGUAAGCAUUGAUGAUGUUCGUCAAAUUUUUUCAUUAUAGUUAAUAUUUUUGCCUUCACUUACCACAUGUCACAGAAGCAUCAGGUGUGAAAAUUUACCUUUGAGACUGAGUUGAACCAUUAUAUGGACACAGUUGAUCAUAGGGUGUAAAAAAAGCAGAGAUAUUUUUAUGGAACACUGCACAGAAAUUCUUUAUUACAGUGUGCACGUGACUAACAUGUUGUUCCUUCGGUCAAAGAUAUAAUACUGUACUGUGGCUUGAAAAUUUGAAUUUGAAGUACUUUUAACGAGAUAACUUAAAAUGUCCAGGCAGUUACCAAGUGUUGUUAGAAAUAAUAUAUAUAUAUUAAGUAUAGUACAUGAAAAAACAAUGAUCUUUAUGUUUAUGCAUUCUUCAAAGUGCCUUGAACAAAUCUUGGCUCUCAAUGGAUUGAAACUUUUGUCUGAGCCAUCCAUGGGAUACAGAUUUAUGGUUGAUAGGAUUAGAACAGAUAUACAACAUGUACUGUCACACAUACAAAGAGAUUUGUGAAUUUAAUAAAAUGGAUUUAUUUACAUUAGUUACACAUGCAAACCAAACUCAUCCUACUGUACACAUAUCUUACUCUCACAGGGCCAAUACCUAACACCUACUUCUUCUAAUGCCUAAUUCUACUUACUUUGCGAAUUUACUAAUGUGUAACUAUGGGGAACCUCCCAAAAAAAAAAAAAAAAAAAAAAAAAGGAUUUCGAGGUACUUGGACCAGAACACGCACACGAAUAUAAUACGUGCUUAUUCGAAAUAAUCAAAAGAAGGAUGACCCCAUGGUGUACCCACUGUAUUUUGCCCGUUGUGUAAACACAGCACCCUGGUAGCAGACGGGUCACUCCACUCUCGCACGCGGCUGACAAAGGCAAUGGAAGGGAAUGGGGUACAGGGUGGAGGGAACAAAGCACUGUCAGGGGUACAUGCCGCACUGCAAGGAGAUUCAGUUAUUUAGCAUUUUAAAACUGCUUGAUACCGAAACGAAGUCCAAUAUCCGAUCAUAACAUAUGCAUAUCACUUUUAUCGGUGAAUAGUUUUCGAGAUUUUUGAAAUUUUGGAAACAAUAUCACGAAAGCGAUGAACUGUCGUUUUGUUUUAAUCAUUCAUCAUCAUCAUCAGCAGCAAAAGCAGCAGCUGGGGCGUUUGUUCUAGUAUUUACAUUUUAAUAUUAUUUUUAUUAACCACAUAAGCAGAUGUUGAGUUGUCUCUGCUGAACUUCAAAAAUGGCGGUAACCGGGGAAUGACUCUGGUAUCGGUGUUUUUUUAUCGCUGGAUCUCAAAACCUGAGGAAAGAGGACUUUCUACACAAAUGACUGUAACGAAAGACUUUUAUCGUAAAGGACGAAAUACUGUUUUAAUGUGUCUUAGUGCAAGUCUGUGUAAUAGAUUAAUCACUUUAUUUGUUGAAUAGUUUGCUGAUGUUAUAUUUAUUGUUUAGAUUAAGUAAUUUUAAAACUGCAUGCGACAGUGUACACUGCUUAGUUUUAUGCUCUCAAUGCUAAGAAGGAUAUUUGCAACUUAAGGUACACAUUAAAUGCAUGAAUGUGGAGGUCAGGUGUUCAAGCAAACAUCAACACACUAGCAACUACACAAUAAUAAAACAUAUCUAGUAUUUAUUACACACAUUAAUCUCAGGAUCUCAGUUUCUUAAAGAGUAGUUUCUUAAGGAGUAGUCUGGACUGAAUCUUGUUAUAUACAGUAUUAGAAUCAUCGGACCUCCUCAUUUUACCACCUGACACCACUAAGUAUAACAAUCACAACUGGUUCAUCGUUAAUGGUAACGUGUUGUAUUGCUAUUUUUUGAGCUGAAAUCAAUUAUUAUCCUUUCUUUUGUCUAACCUACACUUAAAUUUAAAAAUGAGUUGCUAGUUAAGCAGAAGACAUUCGAAAUUACUAUAAAAUAAAACACCACCACUUUACCUUGAAAAACACACUUUUUGAUUUUUGUAAUUUCAUUCACAUUGCUUAUGAGUGAAUUAUGUCAAUACAACUUUGUCAUCAGUUAGAUAUUUUAGUUACUGUUAAUACUUGUUGAUCUGAAUUAUUAAUCGCUGCUUUGUGGAGUGUAGAUGAGUUCUUCUUAAAGUGGAAUUGAAUUAAAAACUGGUAUCUAACUCUAAUUUGCUGUUUGUUUGUUAGGUUGGUUAGUUUUGUAUGCAUGUUUAAUACUAUAUUUAUGUAUAUAUAUAUAUAGCACACAUUCAGACACAGACCAAACAAAUAUGUAGAGAAA